CUCUGUUAUGUGGUCAUAUUAAAUUUUCCCAUUUCCCCCCACAGGUAAAGUGACACAUUAAGUCUGGUGAGAAAGGAAGGGAAGAAAAAAGGGUGGCCAUUUAAUUAGUUCAACCCUAGAACAGAAAAUGCUAGUGCCUAUGAAGGGGCUCAAAUAAAGUGGAAAAUGUUCGCUUACUUGAUGGAAUGUCUUCCAAAAGAGCUGCAUUAGGAACGCUGUAUCUAACAGCCACCCAUGUCAUCUUUGUAGAAAAUGAGUCCGAUGCUCGCAAAGAAACUUGGAUUCUUCACAGUCAAAUCUCCUCUGUUGAGAAACAGGCUACAACUGCUACUGGUUGCCCUUUGCUGAUUCGUUGCAAGAACUUCCAGAACAUUCAGUUCAUCAUGCCUCAAGAAAGAGAUUGCCAUGAUGUCUACAUAUCUUUAAUACGUCUGGCACGGCCUGUGAAAUAUGAGGAAUUGUACUGCUUUUCUUUCAACCCAAAACUCAACAAAGAAGAGCGAGAAAAGGGCUGGAAUCUAACAAACUUGAAGGAAGAGUAUAAUAGGAUGGGAGUUCCAAAUAAUUACUGGCAGAUCAGUGAUGUUAACAGAGAUUAUCGAGUAUGCAACUCUUAUCCCACUGAAGUGUAUGUUCCCAAAUCAGCCACUGCCCAUAUCAUUGUGGGAAGCUCUAAAUUCCGUAGUAGAAGACGUUUCCCAGCACUUUCAUAUUACUAUAAGCAGAAUAAUGCUUCUAUAUGCAGGAGUAGUCAGCCUCUGUCGGGCUUCAGCGCACGAUGCCUAGAAGAUGAGCAGAUGCUACAAUUGAUCAGAAAGGCAAAUCCAGGAAGUGAUUUCAUCUAUGUUGUGGAUACACGGCCAAAACUUAAUGCGAUGGCAAACAGAGCAGCUGGCAAGGGCUAUGAGAAUGAAGACAACUACUCCAACAUCAAGUUUCAGUUCAUAGGGAUUGAGAACAUCCAUGUCAUGAGGAACAGCCUCCAGAAAAUGCUAGAAGUUUGUGAGCUAAGAUCUCCUUCGAUGAGUGACUUCCUCUGGGGGCUGGAGAAUUCAGGCUGGCUAAAACAUAUCAAAGCCAUCAUGGAUGCGGGCAUCUUUAUUGCAAAGGCUGUUGCUGAAGAAGGAGUGAGCGUCCUUGUUCACUGCUCAGAUGGAUGGGACCGGACAGCUCAGGUGUGCUCUGUAGCGAGCCUGUUACUGGAUCCGUAUUACAGAACCAUGAAAGGAUUUAUGGUAUUGAUUGAUAAAGACUGGGUUUCAUUUGGUCAUAAAUUCAAUCACAGGUACGGCAAUUUGGAUGGAGACCCAAAGGAGAUAUCUCCAGUUAUUGAUCAGUUCAUUGAGUGUGUUUGGCAGCUUAUGGAACAAUUCCCUUGUGCCUUUGAAUUCAACGAAAGGUUCCUGAUCCACAUACAGCAUCAUAUAUAUUCCUGCCAGUUUGGAAAUUUCUUGUGCAACAGUCAGAAGGAAAGACAAGAGCUGAAGAUUCAGGAACGGACAUAUUCACUUUGGGCUCACUUGUGGAAGAACCGUGCUGAUUAUGUGAAUCCUUUGUACAGGGAAGACCAUAAUAGGACCCUGCACCCACAGUCAGCUCCCUGCCAUUUUAUCUACAAGUUCUGGAGUGGAAUGUACAACCGCUUUGAGAAAGGGUUGCAUCCUCGGCAGUCUGUUAUUGACUACCUCAUGGCGGUGAAGGAGGAGACACAGCAGUUAGAGGAAGAACUGGUGGUUCUUGAGGAGAGACUGGCAAAGCUUACAAAAGUGCAAUUAAAUCAUGGUGAGACAAAGACAAAACGACAAAAUGGAAGCAAUGGAUUUGGACAUUCUACCUCUAACGAAAGCAUAGCCAAUACCCCGCAGGAUUAUACUGGCAAUCUGGAAUCAUUUCCUUCCCGGAGUCCUUCUCAGGGAGAUGAAGAUUCAGCCCUGAUCCUGACACAAGACAACCUGAAAAGCUCAGAUCCAGAUCUUUCUGCCAACAGUGACCAGGAAUCAGGCGUGGAGGAUAUGAGUUGUCAGUCUCCGAAUGGAGGAAGGUGCCUGCCCAGAAAGGAUAGCACCAAAGACCGUGAUUCAGAUGAAGCUGUCUGUCUCACUGUCUGAAAGGACUGCUAGCUAGCAGGUGAUCAGACUGUAUUUCAAAAAGUCCAAAGAAGGGGGGGUUGCACAUUUCACAAGUCCAGAUGUAAC